AUAUAGAAUUUCCAAUAUAGUUGUAAUUAAUUAUAGCACAAAAUAUAAUCAUUCAUUUCUUCUUCCUUCCUAUACCACAAAUACUAUCAUCCAUUUCAUUCUCCCAUUUUCAAUCAUUUUUGUGGAAGAUCGUAUCAGGAUUCCUCCAAAAUCUGGCGACAAUCGAUGGAUUGGAUGCUGUAAUCGACUACCGUAGCUGUUAAUUGCACGAUUGAAGCUGGAGAUCUGUAUGGUGAAGCCGUAGACCUACUUCCAGUAAUCAAUUUCAACCAGUUCUAACCGAUUCAACCGAAUUUCACCUCACAAAAAGUGGUUCGCCGGCGCCACCAUUUGCAAUUCGCAUGCGCUGAAGCAAGCAUGGCAACUUCGUCCAGUUCGCUAAUCCGUCGCUUUGUGCCCUACCUUUCUGCCCAAGUCCGUCGGAAUUCCAGGCUUCUCAGUUACUCCUCCGCCCUCCGCGAAUCAGAGCUUUCCUCAUCAGAAUCUUCACCCCCGUCAGACGACGCCGUUCAUUUGACCGACAACUGUGUUAGGAGAAUGAAAGAGUUGCAAGCUGAAGAGCCCUGUAAAAAGUUGUUGCGCUUGAGCAUAGAAGCUGGCGGUUGCUCUGGGUUUCAAUAUAACUUUUCACUUGAUGAUAUGGCCAAUAAUGAUGACAGGAUCUUUGAGCAGGAUGGGGUUAAAUUGGUAGUUGAUAAUAUUUCAUUUGACUUUGUCAAAGGUGCAACUAUUGAUUAUGCUGACGAGCUUAUACGCUCGGCUUUUCAGGUGUCUACAAAUCCAAGUGCGGUAGGUGGCUGUAGCUGCAAAAGCUCCUUCAUGGUGAAGUAGCUAUCUCGUUUUCUCCAGACUCUUACGUGAGGAGGGCAUAUUACACAGAUUGCCAACGGUUUGCUCGACUAACCAAAUAUAUUCUGAUGCCGAUCUUGUCAUACCAUGAUUUUACCCAGCUAGAAUACAGAAGACAAAAUGUCGGUAAAAGCUACUUGUUGCAAGGUGAAAUUGAUUGUUCAUACAGUAUUUUCGAUGCAUAUGUACUACAGACGGCAGAAACUGCGAAUGUUUCAGUUCUAUCUGUGCUGAUUAGUCGUAGUUCUGCUAUGAUUCGUAUCCAUUGUAUAUGCAUACAGGAGUAGCUGUUUGCAAUAUUAGACGAUUUUGUGCACUUCGUUGGCGCUUCUUCCUUUGAAAAAGCAUAGUAAUCUGCUUAUAUGAUGAAUAAUGUAUGAAAUGAUCAUUCAAUCAUGUUACAUGUUUCGAAGGUUUAUCCGAUGCUGAUGUUUGACUUGAGAUUGAGAUGUUGCUCUAUAAGGAAUCCACGACUUGAUGCUCUUAUCCCUCA